AUGUUAAACAUUGUCAUUUUUAUUAGACACAUCGCUGAGGAGCAUCUUAUAGCUGGACGAGAUGUGAUCAAUUUUGCCCUCUUUUUUAAUAACGAAUUAACAUACAUACAGGACAAAUUUCAGAAAAACACUUCCUUUUUAAGAGAUGUUGUCAGGUUUUCAGCAGAAGAAAGAACACAUUUGAACGUUACAAGUGAAAAUAUACAGAAGAUACAAAAAAGUAUUCAAAAUCAGGCAAACCCUUCGUUAUUACAUGAAUAUAUUAUAGCAGCUACAACUGGUCUUGACCAACACUUAAACACCCAACUUAAAUCAAAUCGAAGUAUCGCUACAGGCUUCAAGCAAGAUAUUACAAAGCAGGUUUUUGCCCUGGAGCAUGUGUUGGACCAAAUGUACACCAGAACAACAGAUGAACUGUACGCAAACUUUCUAGUAUUUACAAAUACUGUCAUUGAUUCAGUUACGAAUUACCGAAAUAAUAUCCCACAAGCCAAUGCUCUUUUACAGAGAUUUGAUCACGAAAUAGAGAUCAGCUUAGACAAUGAAACAAGAGAUCAGUUAGUUCAAACAAGACUUGUAUUACAAGCUAAUAUACAUGCUGCCAUCGAAUAA